GGUGGGCGCGCUCCGGGCGGGGGGCACGGGCUCCGAGCGCGGCCAGCUCGGCCACGGCGGCUCCCGAGUUUGUUUACUUGUGCUUCGCUUCUCGUCCCCGGUAUCUCUCCCCUCUGCCGGCAUAGCGGAUCGGUGGCGGUGCCGUGCGGGGGGUUUAUGGACAUUGACCUCUUUUUAUGGAGAAGGAAAGUAAUUUUCACAGUGGCACUCAGUGACAUGUUGCAGGACUCCAUGUGAUGGUUACUUUGCGUUGUGUUCUUUUAAUUGAGACAGCAGGAGCAUUUUUUUACUCUGAAAACAUUGCUGCUAAAAAACUCCAAACAGAAGGAGUAAAUCCACUCAGCUUGUCAGGUCGCUGGCUCAGUGUAACGGUGCUUUCAUGAGGUGACGUUGGGCCAAAGUCAACUUUUCUUUCUCCUUUGUAAACCUGCAGCCAAGCAAUGGGCCAGAAAAUCUCAGGGAGCAUAAAGUCUGUGGAUGUGAGGGAGCCCCCUUAUAGACCCGUGAAACGAGAGCUGAGAGGCCCAGAUUUCUGCAAGCCUGCGCGCCUGGACAUGCUAUUGGAUAUGCCCCCUGCCAAGCUGGAGGUCCAGUACAAACACGCUUGGAAUAACGAAGAUCGCUCAUUAAAUAUAUUUGUAAAGGAGGACGAUAAACUGACUUUUCACAGGCACCCGGUGGCCCAGAGCACAGAUUGCAUCCGGGGCAAGGUGGGCUACACGCGGGGCCUGCACGUGUGGCAGAUCCACUGGCCUACGAGGCAGCGGGGGACUCACGCCGUGGUGGGCGUCUCCACGGCCGAGGCGCCGCUGCACUCGGUGGGAUACACAUCCUUGGUUGGUAGCAACAAUGAAUCCUGGGGCUGGGAUCUGGGGCGCAACAAACUCUACCACAACUGUAAAAACCAGCCCGGGGUCACGUACCCCGUCUUUUUGGAGCCAGAUGAGUCUUUUGUACUCCCAGACUCCUUACUGGUGGUUUUGGAUAUGGAUGAAGGGACGCUUAGCUUCAUGGUCGAUGGACAGUAUCUUGGAGUGGCCUUCAGAGGACUAAAAGGGAAAAAACUCUACCCCAUAGUCAGUGCAGUUUGGGGGCACUGUGAAAUUACAAUGAGAUACAUCAAUGGACUUGACCCGGAACCCCUGCCUUUAAUGGACUUGUGCCGAAGAUCAAUUCGUUUUGCUCUUGGCAGAGACCGCCUGCAUGACAUAGAAAUUCUACCUUUGCCUCUGUCUCUGAAAAAUUAUUUACAGUACCAAUAAGAAAUCUAGAACCCUCUGGCCUCACAUGGGACUUCAUCAAUGCAAAUGGCAGAAAAUUGUUUACAGCAAAAUAUAAAUCUUUGUGAUGGACACUGAAGUGUUAUUUAAUUUUUAAUAUAUGUAUUUUUUCUGAACCAGUGAAAGCAGAUCACUGUGGGGGAACUACUAAAGAAUGUGAAAACAUUGAUUUGAUUGAGGUUCAUGUGUUACCUGUUGCCUUUUGUGUUUACAGUCCUGAAGGCUAUAAUUCUCAUCUCUCAUACACUGAUUGGUUUAUCUUUGUUGCUUCUGGUAAAUGCCAAUAGAAAAUCUGACCUGCAAGAUUCAGUGUCCUGCAGGCAGACCAUUUUUCAAUAUUAUGAUUUUCAUUUUUUGUUCUCUCUCCUACGCUUUACUCCAAUAAAUUAAAAUAAAUUAGCAAAGGAAAAGUCUUGACAGUAACUCUUAAAAAAUAUUUAAACCUUGGUAUGCAGAGUUGUUGAGAGUUCUGCGUGUUCAGGGCUCAACAUAAUUAGGCCUAUAAUAUCUAAAAGCUCUAAUGUUUAAAAAAAGCAGAUUAUUGUCUAAAAGAAGAGAAUGUGGUUUAAAAACAUGAGAGGAAACAAAUGAUUUAUGUGUCAGAUCAGUUUCUGGACUUGGUAACAGUAAGGUGCAGUUCAUUGUUUUCAAGACCAAAUCUAGUCCCUCCAAAGUUCUGCAGUUUAUGACAAAGUGUUCAUUGUCCCAAGAAUUUAGGAUAUUCAUAUUUUAGGAAGCUUGUCACUUUUUUUUUUUUUUUAAACAAAUUUAUAAUUUUUAUGUGUUAUGAACUCUAAGUACUUUGUUUUCUUUUUAAUGUAUGUGUGGUUAUAAUGUUUAUUUAUCUGUUUAGCGUCUGGAGUUCUCAUUUAACUGUUUCCCAUCUUGGGGUAACUGAUUCUGGUUUUUUCCCCAGCUCCAUCUGAAAUAUAUCAGUUUUUCAGGCUCAUCCCUUUUUUUUAAGAUGCUGCUUUCUGUUUGUGUUUCUUACAUGUUUCAAGUUAUCUGCCUGAAUCAGUUAUCUAGUUUUUAAACUGGAAGUUGUUGUUAGGGCAGAAUGUCAAAUGUUUAGACUGAGCUGCCUUCAGCAUAUUUUAAUGUGAAUUUACUGAUGAAUGAGGAGAAAAUUUCUAAUAAAGUCUACUGUCCAAA